AUGAGCUCUGAGAAUACGGGAGAAUCUCGCUUGCGGCGAACGCUGUACGUGGGGGGUCUGUCUGAAGAGGUGAAUGAAGAAAUCUUGCGAGCUGCCUUCUUGCCCUUUGGCGACAUUCGGGAAGCAACCAUUCCCAAGGACAGGGCAACUGGCGGCCACAGAGGCUUCGGCUUCGUAGAAUUCGAGGAGGAGGAAGACGCGCAGCAAGCGGUGCUGAACAUGAACAACUCUGAGUUGUUUGGCCGAACGCUGAGAGUCAACACUUCUCGCCACGGUCCUCAGGGGGCAGCCCCCAAAAACAGAGCAGUGUGGCAGGAUGAUUUCUUUUUCCGCGAGGAGAUGAACAAACGAGGGAUGGCCGUUGACGCCGGCCUGGUGAGGAGCGCUGCUGCUGCUGCUGCUCGGCGCAUCAAGAAAAACCCUACGCUGGCGGCUUCCACUACAAAGCCACCCACCACUCGUAGCGCUUCGCGUUCCCCUGGUGCAAGUGAGAGGGUGUCCAGUUUCUCGCCCGUCAAAAAGGCGUGGCAAAACAAAUUGCGAGCGAGAGACAUAUUCGGAGGGGCCGUGGUGCGCCGCUUUAAAGCGCACCCUGCUUUUUGUCGCGACGUCGUCACCCCGAUGUGGCGUGUCGCUGUGAGGUGGACGUUUCAGAAGGAGGCGCCGGAAAGCCCGCAUGCGGCGGGAGGCCUUCCGUGCGUUUUCUGGGCAGCUGCAUUUUUAUUGAGCU